AUGAGAAAUCACACAGAGCUGAAUGAGUUCAUUCUCCUGGGAAUACCUCAGACAGAGGGACUGGAGACUGUGCUCUUCGUCAUCUUUUCAUUAAUUUACUUCUUCACCCUGCUUGGAAAUUUACUCAUCCUUACAGCAAUUGUUUCUUCCUCUACCCUUCACACCCCCAUGUAUUUCUUCUUGGGACUCCUAUCUAUUUUUGACAUGUUGUUUCCAUCUGUAACCUGUCCCAAGAUGCUAUUCUAUCUCUCUGGCCAAAGCCGAGCCAUUUCUUAUGAGGGAUGUGUUGCACAGCUCUUCUUCUAUCAUUUCCUGGGAUCUAGUGAAGGCUGCCUCUAUUCUGUGAUGGCUUAUGAUCGCUUUGUUGCCAUCUGUCACCCACUGAGGUAUAUGCUCAUCAUGAGACCUGGAGUCUGUGUUGGUUUGGUCAUGGCAGCCUGGUUGGUGGGUUCUCUUCAUGCCACCAUCCUGACCUCCUUUACCUUCCAGUUAACCCACUGUGGCCCCAAUCACGUGGACUACUUCUUCUGUGACAUUCCUGCUGUCUUGCCCCUUGCUUGUGCUGACAGCUCCCUGGCCCAGAAAGUGGGUUCCAUUACUGUUGGCUUUCUGGCUUUAAUGCUUUGGUUCAGUGUUUGUGUCUCCUACACGCAUAUCGGGAUUGUCAUUUUGAGAAUCCGUUCAGCAGAGAGCAGGCAGAAAGCUUUCUCUACCUGCAGUGCCCACCUCACUGCAAUCCUCUGUGCCUAUGGACCUGUAAUCAUCAUCUACCUGCAGCCCACACCCAACCCUUUGAUUUGUGCUGUGGUGCAAAUAUUAAAUAAUAUAGUCUCACCCAUGUUGAACUCAUUAAUCUAUUCCUUAAGGAACAAGGAAGUGAAAAGAUCCCUAAAAAGGGUGUUCCACAAUGUAGUAUUUACUGUGGUGGAAUAA